AUGAAGGAAUCAUCAGGAAUAGCAAAUUUACUAAACAUAACUGGCUCAAAGAAGGGCCGGAAAGCAGUGUUCCAUCCUAAGGAACCAAACAGCUCAGGACAGCACUCUACACAAAAACUUAAACUCAGAAGAAAGGAUGAGAAUGAAGCAUUUCAGAUGUACAACUUGAAAGGAAGAAAGGGUCAGACAUACAAAGAGUUCAGUGAGACUGAGGAUGAUGACUACCUGUAUUGUGAGAAGUGUCAGAUAUGCUUCCUGAAGAGCAGUGCUGCUCAUGGACCCCCCCCCGUGUUUCUAAAGGACAAUCCAGUGGAAAAGGGACAUCCUAGCCGUGCUCUCCUCAAUGUGCCCCCUGGACUUCGAAUUGGCCCAUCAAGCAUUCCAGAGACUGGGCUUGGAGUAUUUAAUGAAGCAUCUGAUCUGCUAUUGGGGCUGCACUUUGGUCGUUUUAAGGGCAAGAUCACAGAAGUGGAAGAGAAACCUGACAGUGGAUACAGCUGGCAGAUAGCCAAGGGCAGGAACAGCCAUGAGUACGUGGAUGGAAAGUAUACCUCUUUGGCCAACUGGAUGAGGUAUGUGAACUGUGCCCGGAAUGAUGAGGAGCAGAAUUUGGUGGCCUUCCAGUACCACAGGCAGAUAUUUUACCACACCUGCCAGGUCAUCAAACCAGGCUGUGAGCUGUUAAUAUGGUAUGGGGAUGAGUAUGGCCAGAAGCUGGGAAGCCGCACUAGGCGGGGACGUGCACCUCAGGUUCGCAGAAUGAUGACAGUUAAAGAAAACGAGCUGUCAGUCCACCUGCAGCCAGAGUAUGAGUUCGAGAUUACCGCUGCCACUGUAACAGCAAUAGCUACUGGUGGUUAUGACUGUGUACGCCCUGGCAUGGCAGGCCUCUGUGGUUCUUCAGAUGGGAGCAGUUUAAUCAACAUGUUUGGACUGGCUUGCUAA